CGUCGAUUGGUCGCCUUGAGCGCGAGCGACUCGGCCGUCGAUUGGUCGCCCUGCUCUGCCAUGGCGGACACGGAGCGGGUUGGUUUCGUGGUCGCGACCGAGGAGGUGGAUGCUGUAACAGGCAAUGCGUCAAGAGAACAUUUAGUUGAUAUAGCCGUCAAAUUCCUGAAAAAUCCACGAGUGGCUGGAAGUCCUCCAAAGAUACAGAGGGCGUUCCUACGCAAGAAAGGUCUGACAGACGUGGAGAUAGAGGAUGUGUUUCUGCGGGCUGGGGUGCAUGGAGGAACCAGCCUCACUCAUGCGCAACAUUUGGCCCAGUCUCCUGCAGGACCACCAGCAUCACGGCACUCUUGGCGCUGGAGGGACGUGGGCGCUCUGUCAGCUGUCAUUGCGGCUAUCGGCUUCGGCAUCAACCGGCUGUACAAGUGGCUGGCGGCUGUUCGUGCUGCAGAAGCCCAGCGUCUCACUGAUGUGGAAUCCACUGUCUCUGCAAUGGCCGCUUCACUCACCCACGCUGUGACACAACUACAGACAAGUGUCGCAGGGACCCACGAGCUGUUGUCACGUCAACAAAAACAGUUGGAGCGGCUGACAGAUGACACCGCUGUAUCCAAGGCCAGUGGUCCAUUGCUUUCAGAUCUUCGAACAGAAAUAGCCUCCAUUAAAGGUCUCAUGCUGGGAAGAAAGCAGUUCCCGUGUCCCCCGAAUCCAGCAGCCAUUCUGCCGAGCUGGCAGCUGGCAUUGAAGCCAUCUACUUCGACUGGAACAACAAUUUCUUCAACAAUGAUAUCUCAGGACGUCAACGCGGCAACAAAUAAAGAGCAACAACUGCAGCCAAGGGACAACACCGACAAUCUUACUGGAAGCAGUGAAAAUGUCAGCAGCAGCGAUAUUUCACCAAUAAGUCAUGAAUCAGCAUCACCAGGUCUUGAUUCCGAAGUCCACAUCCUGAAGGCAGAGGGUAAAGUUAAUUCUGUUUAAAGUUUCACACAAAACGGUGAAGUGGGUGAUGGCUUCAUCUAUCAGCAUCAGGACAAGGACGAAGAUGUCGUCACUCAAGUUUGUGUUCUCACGAAGGUGGAAGCUCAAGGAGAAAAUGAGGUGGACUGAGCAAUGAUAAAUUUGGUAUCGACUCAUUUUCACUGAUCCACAUUUUAAAUUUUCGGGCAAAAUUAUGUACAAACAUAUGCUACUGUAUUCACUCAUACUUUCAGACAGAUAUGUUAUUUUUAUUCUUUACAAUGGUUAAUUUAAUUAACGUGUCGGUUUUCACAGCCAAAGUAAUCAUUCAUGAUAUGUUUCUGUGUUUGUCCACAAUGAUGAUCUGGCCAAAUUUGUGCUUUUUAAAAGCCUCUACUAUCCGACACACCCAAAGCACUUGUCAUGGGGUGUACAAGAGUUUUACACGCCAAUUGUUUCACCGCACUGGUGAAUUUAAUUAAAAUUCUCACAACCAAAUUUAGCAAAAGAUGUUCUCAUUGAAAUCGAAGUAAUUUUUAAAUGAAUGGAAGGAACUAAACUAAAAUUAGACAACAUGAAAAUAUUAAGUUAAAGUUGAGAAAAUCUAAAAUGUAAUCCGAAGCUCAACCUCAAUCGGAAGUACUGAAAGUAAUUUCUCACCUUGUCAUGAGUUUUAUUUUAGUAUGGAUCACGAAGCUGAACACUUCCCAUGAGAACAAUUAAUCGCAUUUAUAUAAUUUCACAAUUACUUGUAAAAUGAAUUCAACAAAUAAACAUAAAUCUAAAAAAUG